AUGUCGAAAACUGUACGCAUUUCACAAGAUGGUGUUUGCCCAGGAGACUUCAUGCCUCUGGAUGUAAACUGCCCUCGUGUGAAGCUGGGGCAAGAAUUCCCCGGAGUAGCUUUCCGAGGUCACCUCCGCUCUCUUCCAAAACUGAUGGAGAUAACAAGCUCUUCCCAUGCAAGUCAUGGCAAUCAUAAAGAAAACAGUCCUUUCCUGAACAAUACAGAAGCUGGCAAAGGAGGUGAUUACUAUGACAGAAAUCUGGCCUUGUUUGAGGAAGAGCUUGAUAUACGACCAAAGGUGUCAUCUCUGCUGGGCAAGUUGGUCAACUACACAAAUCUUACCCAAGGUGUUAAGGAACAUGAAGAAGCAGAAAGUACUGAUGGCUCAAAGAAGAAAGUAUCAAAGUCACCCAGCAUGGGCACCCUGAUGGGGGUCUAUUUACCAUGUAUGCAGAAUAUCUUUGGGGUUAUUCUCUUCCUGCGGUUGACCUGGAUGGUAGGAAUGGCUGGAGUUCUGCAGUCCUUCCUGAUUGUAUUACUUUGCUGCUGUUGUACUAUGCUGACAACCAUAUCGAUGAGUGCUAUUGCCACAAAUGGUGUUGUUCCAGCUGGCGGCUCCUAUUUCAUGAUAUCCAGGUCAUUGGGCCCCGAGUUUGGUGGGGCUGUAGGGCUGUGCUUUUAUUUGGGAACAACAUUUGCAGGAGCAAUGUAUAUCCUUGGUGCCAUUGAAAUUUUAUUGACAUACAUUGUGCCACAAGCAGCAAUUUUUCACCCAUCUGGUGCCCACGAUGCCUCCAGUGCUAUGCUGAACAACAUGCGGGUGUAUGGCACCGUGUUCCUCAUCCUGAUGGCUGUGGUGGUCUUUGUAGGGGUGAAAUAUGUUAACAAAUUUGCUUCCCUCUUCUUGGCCUGCGUAGUAAUAUCCAUACUGUCCAUUUAUGCUGGAGCUAUCAAGUCCAUCUUCGAUCCACCUGAAUUUCCGAUUUGCAUGUUGGGCAACAGGACUUUGUCAAGAGAUCAGUUUGAUGUAUGUGCCAAAACCAUAGUCAAGGAUAACAUCACUGUGGCCUCUAAGCUUUGGGAGCUCUUCUGCCACACUACAAACUUAACCACCGAGAACUGUGAUGAAUAUUUCCUAAUGAACAAUGUCUCUGAAAUAGCAGGAAUUCCAGGAGUUGCUAGUGGUAUUUUAAAAGACAACCUAUGGAGCAAUUAUUUGGAGAAAGGAGAGAUACUGGAGAAAGCACAUCACCCAUCUGUUGAUGUAGCAGGCCAGAAGAACAACCUUCAUCUAUAUGUGCUUUCAGAUAUAGCUACUUCGUUCAUGGUGCUGGUUGGCAUCUUCUUCCCUUCAGUGACUGGUAUCAUGGCUGGUUCAAACAGGUCAGGGGACCUCAAAGAUGCACAGAAAUCCAUUCCCGUUGGAACAAUUCUUGCCAUUGUCACUACAUCACUAGUCUACUUCAGUUGUGUAUUGCUGUUUGGAGCCUGCAUAGAAGGUGUAGUCCUGAGAGAUAAGUUCGGUGAUGCAGUGAACAAGAACUUAGUAGUGGGCACCCUUUCAUGGCCCUCUCCAUGGGUCAUUGUGAUAGGAUCCUUCUUCUCCACCUGUGGAGCAGGUUUACAGAGCCUUACUGGAGCCCCCAGACUGCUACAGGCCAUAGCAAAGGACAACAUCAUUCCUUUCCUCUGGGUUUUUGGUCAUGGAAAAGCAAAUGGUGAACCAACAUGGGCUCUUCUGUUAACAGCCUUGAUUGCUGAGCUGGGGAUCCUUAUUGCUUCGCUUGACAUGGUGGCUCCAAUUCUCUCCAUGUUUUUCUUGAUGUGUUACCUCUUUGUUAAUUUGGCAUGUGCAGUACAGACACUUCUUAGGACUCCAAACUGGCGGCCCCGAUUUAAAUACUAUCACUGGGCCCUCUCAUUUUUAGGCAUGAGCAUUUGCCUGGCACUGAUGUUCAUUUCAUCUUGGUAUUAUGCUUUGGUAGCUAUGCUUAUUGCAGGCAUGAUUUACAAGUACAUUGAAUACCAGGGUGCAGAGAAGGAAUGGGGUGACGGCAUCCGAGGUCUCUCUCUCAGUGCCGCAAGAUAUGCCUUGCUCAGACUGGAGGAGGGCCCUCCACACACAAAGAACUGGAGGCCUCAGUUGCUGGUGCUUCUGAAACUUGAUGAAGAUUUGCAUGUCAAAUACCCUAGAUUAUUAACGUUUGCAUCUCAGCUGAAAGCUGGCAAAGGUUUGACUAUCAUAGGAUCAGUGAUCCAAGGGAAUUUCUUGGAAACUUAUGGAGAAGCCCAGGCUGCUGAACAGACUAUCAAGAAUAUGAUGGACAUUGAGAAGGUGAAAGGGUUUUGUCAAGUAGUUGUAGCCAAUAAAGUUCGCGAAGGAAUUGCCCACUUGAUCCAGUCCUGUGGACUAGGUGGCAUGAAGCAUAAUACUGUGGUUUUGGGAUGGCCAUAUGGCUGGAGACAAAGUGAAGAUCCGAGGUCGUGGAAGACCUUCAUAGGUACUGUUCGCUGCACAACUGCAGCCCAUCUGGCUCUGCUGGUUCCCAAAAAUGUGUCUUUCUACCCCAGCAACCAUGAGCGUUACAAUGAAGGCAACAUUGACGUGUGGUGGAUUGUACAUGAUGGAGGCAUGUUGAUGUUGCUUCCUUUUCUGCUCAAACAGCACAAAGUUUGGAGAAAAUGCAAAAUGAGAAUUUUUACCGUAGCUCAGAUGGAUGACAACAGCAUCCAGAUGAAGAAGGACUUGGCUACUUUCCUCUAUCAACUCCGAAUAGAGGCAGAGGUAGAAGUGGUAGAAAUGCACAAUAGUGAUAUCUCAGCAUAUACUUAUGAGAGAACUCUUAUGAUGGAGCAGAGAUCUCAGAUGCUGAGGCAAAUGAGGCUGACAAAAACAGAGAGGGAAAGGGAGGCUCAGCUGGUGAAGGACAGACAUUCAAUAGCACGUCUGGAGAGCCUCUACUCAGAUGAAGAAGAUGAGGGGGACCCAGUUCCUGAGAACAUCCAGAUGACCUGGACAAAAGAGAAAUGUGACGCUGAGAAGCGGAACCGAGGCAGCGCUGUGGGAAGCUUUAGAGAUCUCAUCACCAUUAAACCGAACCAGUCUAAUGUCCGAAGAAUGCACACAGCAGUGAAGCUAAAUGAAGUAAUUGUAAAUAGAUCCCAUGAUGCCAGACUUGUUCUCCUCAACAUGCCUGGUCCUCCAAAGAAUACUGAUGGUGAUGAGAACUACAUGGAAUUCCUGGAAGUCUUGACUGAGGGUCUGGAGAGAGUACUGCUUGUUAGAGGAGGCGGCCGAGAAGUCAUCACAAUUUACUCCUGAUUAAUUAAAAGCUUCUAAUGCUGCUCUUCAUUUACCUUCUUGGCGAUAACAGACAUUCCAGUUUUAAAUGGAGAAGAAAAAAGGUCUUUUGCCUAACUUUCUCCUCAUCCAGUCCUGUUCAUUGUCUUUCCAUUUGCAACAUACAUAUCUUUUGGGAUUGCAGUAUUGUCACACCAUCCGAUUAGCAACAUAAAUUAAUUGUGAAGCUGCCACAUUAUUCAGUUUCUGCUUUGGUACUUCAGCAUUUGUGCAUGUAGUUUAACACUAAACUUAUUUUUAGUCAGCACUGCUAUGUGCACUAUUUUUAGUAACUGUAUGUAAAGUUAGGACAUGAAAGCCAGUUACUGUAAAAAGAUUUUAAAAGCUUUUUAUAUUAGGUUUGGGGAAUAGAAUUACAUUAUAUAGCAGCUAGUUUCUGCUGAAGUUCAGAUAUAAAGCAUUUUCUAAAGAGCACACUAAAUUGUGAGAAUGAACUGAAAAAGCUUAUGUUUUUCUGGGUUUACUUCCAGAACUAAACUUGCAGUAUUGGAUAAGAAUUUAUACUUUUAAUACAUUUAUUGAUAGAGAUUUAAAUAAAUUAUGUUGAUAUAGUUGAAAAUAUGUAUGUAGCUUGCUACACAUCGUGUUGCUUCCGAGACUUGAGGUUCUGUGAGGCCAGAUCCCUAUUUAUUUUUGUAUUUAUUUGUCAGAAAUAUUGGAUAUGCAGAUGCAGACCAUUUAGGAUAACAGAUCUCACAAUAAAUUUUGAACUGUCAGUGGGUUGGAGGACCAGUUGUGUGCAGUUCUUCCAUACUUCAAAUUUUUUGCAGACCAUCCAUCAAAGUACUUUGAGCAUGUUGGAGCCCUGUCUGUAGAGCCAGGUGCUAUGCUGCACGCACAGCCGUGGGAUUACCCUUGCACAAGUACAGGGGACCUGCUGCUUCAUUGUAUGCUUCAUGCCCUUAGAGGAAAAAGAAGAAAAGAAGACCUAUAUAAACCAAUAAGUCUCUGGAGAUUUUAUCAAGCCCGUUGAGUUGUACUUUAUGUACAGAACAUUCGUAUUUUUUCAAUAAAAUGUUGCAUACAUUUUGAA